CAAGAUAGUUCAGCAGGCUUUAACUGGCAUAGUUACAUAACUCAACGCACACAUACUGCAUUCAACAAUCAACAUCCAACAUGAGCAAAGAACGGAAACGCAGUUUUGGCGAGAUGGUGUCCCAAUUAGACACAAAAUCGAAGGCAAAAGCGAAACAGAAUAAGAAGCAUGGGUAUAACAAAGAGACCAAAGCCGGUGCAACGGAACACAAAGAAGCCUCGGCACAAGCACUGGCGCUGAAUAGUGAACUGCAAGCCCUGGCCCGCGCCAAGAAAACCAAGGAAGCGAUCGAAUUGUACAAUGAUGUAGUGUAUAAGGGGGUUGUCGACAAACAUCACGCAGCUAUUGUAGUUAAUGCGUGUGUACGGGGGGGUGAUAUUAGGUCAGCUGAAAAUAUAGUGCACAAGUUAGAGGGAGAAGGUCCGGUGAGUGUACAGGCAUAUACCACACUGAUGAAAGGGUAUGCGCAUAGUGGGGAUGUGGUUAAGUGUCUGAAUGUGCUGAGGCAGAUGUGUGAUAAGAAACGUAUUCGCACUCGCAAUCUAAGACCGAAUGUGCGGACGUUCAAUACGUUUCUGCGUGCGUGUUUGUGGGGAAACCCAGGCAGUAUGCUGGAUGAGGGCUGGGAUAUGUAUUCUAAAGCGCUCAGAUCGUGUAACGAUAACAGCGAUGUCAUAUUCGAUGCAAGUAGUUACGAGUACUAUGUGAGUGCUGCGUGUGCCGCGCUUAGAGUACCGGCAGCCGCUCAGAAACUGAACGCCCUUGAACAAGCCGCAGAAUGGGAAUCGUAUGAGAAACCCGCUCAGCCAGGCCAUUACAUGACGGAAACACAUAGCACGAAUACAUCUAAAUCGGUGAAGAAGGGCAGUUCUACAGGACUCUUGAAAUCACACCAUCAGGUGUAUAUACGUAGUGAAGAUAGCUUGAGUGAGUAUGGGGAGGCGUAUGCGUCUGGCUUGUUAGCCGUGGCGCGUGCGGAGUUGAUGCUAAGCACACAGCCCAGUAUAGUGCUCGACCACAUCACCAGUGCCCUGGAGGUCAUCGCCCAGAUGGAGCGGCUUGCACUGUACCAACCAGGGGAUGUGCAUGGCCCACAUAGUGAGCCUACACAUACUACCAAACGGGUGAGCGUGAAUGUGAGGGGGGGGAAGCGUGCGAAGGCGGGGGUAAAUGAGCUACGUAUGGAGAGUAACCGCAAGUUCCGGGGUCACAAGCUGCGCGAGAUUAAGGGAGGGUUGAUACAACUGAGAGAUAGAUACACCAGCAUAGGGAUAGGGGGAGCAGGGGUGGGCUCGGUUGGCGCAACCAUAACAGAUACGUCGGUAGGUAAAACUACCGCAGCGAAGGACGCUAAUGUGGGAAGUAGUGAAGGCGUGAGUGGGAAGGAGAACAGCGUGUGGGGCGAGGACACUCUGCCGCGUAUGUACCGACAGUUCUUCUUUUUCAGCGGUGCGGGUAGUACGGAUGAAGCCACACAGAAUACAGAGAUUCGACUAAGCGAGGAGACGGAAAUGGACCAAAAGGGGGCCAAGAAUGGGUCAAAAGUGUCCAAAAAUGGCCCGAAAGGAAGUAAAUCAUCUGGCAAAACAUCAGGCGAGCUUGUUUACUCGGUUGAGGGGAGGGUGGAUGGUGACUCGGUGAAACAAGUAUUGAAUCAACUGAUGAAGGCAGCCGAGUGUUUCGGAUUUGGAAAGCAACGCCCAACAGCGCCAUCCGAGGUGCACGAGGGCGCGAAGAAGAAGAAACUGACAAAGUACCAACUACAACUACAGGCCAGGAAGAACCGAAAGCGUAGACAUGCGAACAUAUAUCACGACCUCCUCGACAGGAGCGGCUACAUCAGAUUCACAGACGUCUUCAACUCCGCCAGCCAAUCGGAUGCGCCGCUAUUUAUAGAACUGGGAGCGGGCACUGGAGACUGGAUCACCGAGCAGGCGCAUGCCUACCCACAACACAACUACGUGAGCGUGGAAUUGCGCGCCGAUCGCGUGGCUCAGACCUUCUCGGCUGUAUGUCUGGGCAUGGGCAGCAACCGAGACACAUAUGCACCGCUGCGUAAUGUGUGUGUGGUGGGAGGGGAGUGUGGGGAUGUGUUGCACAAGCGGGUGCGGGUGGGUACUGUACAGGGCAUCUUUGUCAACCACCCUGAACCCCCUACACAGAGUGGAGAGACGAACGAUAGCACACACAUGCUCAACGCGGAGAAUCUGAAGGCGUGUAUUGCGUGUUUGGUGGACGCUAAGGAGCACUCUGACAUUCGUAGUGCGGCAAUGAGCGCUGCAAACGAAGGUGAAAUGGAGGUGGCAGCGGAUGACGGGGGCGUGGGCGUGUCGGCCGAGAGGGGAUGUGAGGCUGGGAGUCUGGUGAUUGUGAGCGAUAACAUCUUCUAUACACUGGCCUUGGCUAGGAGUAUGGUGGAGCUGAUGCGUACCACCGACACAGCCUUCCGCAACAAAGACAAUAUGGACGCCAACACCGAGAGCGUAUACGUCAAGGAAACCGUGAGAGGGGAGGACGGAACGUAUAUACACGUAUAUGAGGGCACCCCCGGAAAAGAGCUGGGGUAUGUGGAGGGGGUGGAGAGCCGAUCGUACUUUGACCGUCUGUGGCAAACGGGGGCGGGCACGCACGCGUCGGAGAAAGUUCGGUACCUGCUUGUGGUGGAGCGCGGGCAGCGCGUGCCGGAGACGGAGGUUGUGCGUAGCGGCGAGUACGCUAGUUAUUCUCACACAGGCUAUGCUUAUUCCCACACCGGAGGAUAUAACAGCGCUGCAACGGGUGCGAGUGUGGGUGCAAAGAACAAACGUAUGCGCUUCGACGACGAGGGCGAUACAGGCACGGUGGUACCGCCACGGACUGUGCAGGGGUCUUCUGAUACGAGUGGGAGUGGGCAUCUGUCAGUCACUGGUGGUAGUACUGCGGCUACGCCGGCGCCUGCUGCGGCGAAGAAUAAGAAGAAUGCGGCGAAGCAGCAGAGGCGCAACGAACGCCGACUGCAGAAGAAACGACUGGCGGGUGGCACCGAGACUGCGGAAUAGUUGUAGGAGGAAGAAAGACGGGGUCAAUUAGUGUAAUGAGUGGUAGUCAACAUGCAUGGGAACACAGAAGUCACGAACGCGGCGGUAGUUAUAAAUGGGGCUGGAACCACCGGAUUUGUUCUGACGAUACCAAUACGGUAUCGUUCUGACCUGCCAAGAACUUGAUGUACCCUAAUCAAGAAGAUCUGUUCACAUAAGUAUUGCAGCAACUGCUGGUAAUCUAUAGGUGUCGGUUCGUCGUUCAUUUGUGGGAUGUGAAGAUCCGUGAGUUGUGUUAUCAACUAGUUUUACAGAAUUCUCAGACGAUGACAAUAAAUAGC